UGAUGUCACUGCACUUUCACAUUCACAUGGGAUUAGUUAAAGUAACAGGAGAUCACAUCACUAGCUGACCCUUACAGAUGGAAAUGAAAUGACCUGAAGUUCUCUGUCAGAGGCAGCUUCAGAGUUUGGAGAGGUGAAGAGUGGAUCAUCUGGACAUGCAUGGCAGGAUCUCGCAGUUGUUCUUGAUUAAUGUAUUAACAUGUGGUCUGGAGGUAUGUUUGGCUGCUGGGACCAUCUACAUCCCACCUCUGCUGCUGGAGGCAGGGGUGGAAGAACGAUUCAUGACCAUGGUACUGGCUGUGGGACCUGUGCUGGGGCUGAUCGCUGUGCCUCUUAUUGGUUCGGCGAGUGAUAGCUUGAGAAGUAAAUAUGGUCGCAGACGUCCCUUCAUAUGGGUGUUGUGCAUUGGUGUCCUGCUCGGUCUCUUGAUCAUCCCGCAGACGUCCACCCUCGUCACCCUACUCACAAAACAACAGCAGCACUGGCUGGAGGUCCCGCUGCUGGUCCUUGCCAUUUCUUUGAUGGAAUUCUGUGGUCAGGCCUGCUUCACACCUUUGGAGGCCUUGGUUUCUGACCUCUUUCCUGGAGAAGAGGAGAGUCGCAAGGCUUUCUCCGUCUACUCCCUCAUGCUCAGUCUCGGCGGAUGCAUUGGCUACCUGCUGCCCGCAGUUGACUGGACCACUUCAGAUACCGUUGUCUACUUGGGUGGACAAGAGGCCUUCAUCUACAUUGUUCUGACCUUAAUUUUUCUCGCUUGUUUGAUGGGCAUGGCCUUCAUCUCUGAGGAGCAGACGGGACGAGAACUUCUGGGGGACGCUGAGGUUCCCAGAAGGCAUGAAAACCUGAAGACUUGCUGCUGCCCUCGUGUGGCAUUCCCCAGAUUUCUGUUUUUGCGAAGGACAUUCUCUAGUCUCCUUUCUGUGGUCCCCCGAAUCUACUUGCUGUGCAGUCGCAUGCCAAAAGUAAUAGCAAGGCUGUUUGUUGCCGAGUUGUGCAGUUGGAUGGCACUUAUGUCCUUUAUGCUCUUCUACACGGACUUUGUCGGAGAGGGAUUAUAUAACGGGGUUCCCAGUGAUGAGCCAGGCUCUUCGGGAAGGAUACUCUAUGAUGAAGGUGUGCGAAUGGCCAGCCUGGGUCUUUUCCUCCAGUGUGUGACCUCUGUGAUCUUCUCAUUGCUUAUGGAGCGUAUGGUGUUGUGUGUUGGAGUCAGAAAGCUGUACCUGAGCAGCGUGAUCCUGCUGGCUGUGAGUACAGCAGUUAUGACCGUGUCCCACAACAUUAUACUAGUCACCAUCAUGGCCGCUGCUACAGGAUACACCUUCUGCACCCUGCAGAUUCUGCCAUACACACUCACAUGCCUGUACCACUCAAAUACUCAGGUGUUUUUCUCCACCGAGAGGCGCAAAAUUCCUCUCAGGGAGGAAGAUCUAAUGUUAAUCAGAUCAGAGAUGCCAUCCUCCACUAAGCAGAAAAGAACUAAUGGGUGUGUCAGUGGGUAUCCAGGUGCAAUACCCUUCCAGAGCAAUAUAAAAAACUCACAAUCACUUGAUCUGCAUGUGUCUAUCGCCUUGGAGCCACAACCUUCAGCCGUCAGAGGCAUGGGCACAGACAUCGCCAUUUUAGACAGUGCCUACUUGCUGUCUCAGGUGCUGCCGUCCCUCUUUAUGGGCUCAAUCGUGCAGCUCUUCCAGAGUGUGACGGCAUACAUGGUCUGUGCGUCUCUGUUGAGUCUGGUGGCUGUGUAUUUCUCCAGUAAGAUCGUCUUUGAGAAAGCGGACAUUGAUACGAGAUGACUGAGAUGUUACCAACACAGCAACAGACUCUGGAUAGUGACAAGCACUAUAAAGGGCAGCUGGUUCUGUUUAGUAUUUUUGAAAAGAGAAAUGGCAAUGUGCAAUUGAACGCAUACAGGUAAUUUAUUAGAAAAACAAUUUGCUUUAUGUAUUCGGCAAACAAUAUAUGGUCAUACAUUUACCUUAUUUGAGUCUUAAAUUAUUUGUCACUCAGAACUAUUGUUAUGUAACAUGUGGCUUAUAAUAUUAUAUUUGCAAUAUUGCACAAUUGUGUACCUAUUAAGGAAAGCAAUUAAACAAGUAACAAUGAAGUAUUAGAAGAUUUGGGUGUAUGGAAGUGCAGAAAAGUAAACAUGCUGAAUGUUUAAAGUGAAGAUGAGUAAGAGUUUGGGGUUUUUUAAUAUUGUGACACGGCCCUUAUGAUUUAGAUCUUAAUGGUUUAUUUAUAUAAUAUUUUAUAACACAUUUGUUUUGGAAGACACAUAACUCUAUGCAUAGCAUUUAAUUCCAAACAAUGUCUGUAUAGUUAGGUAAUUUUAUGUUUUGUUUCUAAGAUAUAGCCUAAUGUUGCUUUCUUUCAGCACCUUAAUCUAAAAGAUAAAAGCUAUUUGCAAUCUAUAUUAAUUAAAAUAAAAUCUAAUAAACGUAUACUGCAUUUUAUAAUUGAGGUCUGGCUAUGUAAGGAAUAGCAUAAUAUAAUUUUUAGCCAUAGCAUAGCCAGCCACCUCUUGACUUGUGAUGGGUGGCAUCAGACAGUUCUUUAUCAACUACUGCCAUCUAGUGUCUCUAUAGCAGUUGCUUUCCCCAUUUUUUUCAGCACAGACAUUGUUACCCAUAUUUGCUCCAUCAUUCACUCAGUUCUCUUAUAUUUCCAUGUUUUUCUUAAUUUUUUCCUUUUCUUUAAAUUUUUUUGCCAAUGUAUUAUGCAUAAUAAAUAAAUAAAUAG